AUGAGCGGAUACAACGAUCCGGAGAUGAUGAAGGCGGCCAUCGAGCUUGCCCAGAGCUUUUCAAGAGCAAAGGGAGGUGGGAAGAAUAGAGCUGGAGGCGGUGGCCUAGGGGGCAGAAAAGAGUAUUUUGAACCGUAUCAACCAAGACAGCAGAGUCGGUAUGGCCAAGACGCAGCACCGCCGCGCCAAAACUUCACGCCCUCUGUGCCUCCACUUCGCCCUUUGGCUCCGCCUCCAAGCAGGCGAAAUUACGGUGCUUCUGGAGACUUUGCGACUGGAAGAGCUGAAUGCCGUCCCGUCAUCGGUAAUUUGGGCAGAGAUUUCUUGAUCUCCUCUGGUGCCAAGGCUGAAUCUGAUCAACCAAAGGAUCAGAAAGUUGCUGGAAAACCCGUCCCCGUCGCUGCCCAAGAAUCUCAGAAAAACUCUUUAGCCGGCAAGAACAGCAAUAGAGGAACAGCGAAGCCUGAGCCUUUGUCCACUCCACCACGAUCCUCUGGCAAUGGCCAGUUGGAGAAUAUCCUUGAUGCUUUCUACGCCAUACUAGACAAAAAGCCGACUAUUGGCCAAGAGAUUGACACAUUGACCGAGGCGUUAUCCAAGGCAGACCUAAACGAUCCAGGAACGCCCACUCUUGACACUCCACCUGUCAAAGAAAACGUCAAAUCUAGCAGCCGUCAAUGUACCUGCCGGGAGCUCGAUGGACAAGGGAAACAUGGAAAAACGUGCCCUCGUCAUACGGCACAAGAGAAGAAGGCCAAGGAAGCUGAUGAAGCGCGAAAUAGUGGUGAGAUGAAAGCAAGCGACGCAAAGAUCAACAAUGCAAAGGUCACCGAUGUGAAGGCCAACGACACCAAAGCUGGUCCCCAGAGUCCGGAGGUUGACGUUGACGGUGACAUUGACGUUGGCGUUGACGUUGAGCCAAGCAGUGGCCCUGCUUAUACGCAUUCACGCAAACUCUCUCCUGUUGCCCCAGUCUUUGUGCCAAGGCGUAACCAAGAUCUAGGACAGGCUAUGGAUACAAAUGGAGAGGAUAGUUCCUCCAUGAAAAAGUCAAUAAAGGGGCUAUCGGGUUCGAUGUGGGCAUAA